AUGGCAGCAAUCCUCUACCUUCUCCUAACCCUCCCUCUCCUCCUACUAUUCCUUCUCCAAAAACACAAGAAGAGUUCAACCAAUGCUUCUCUCCCACCAGUUUUGGGCUUCAUCGAUAGGCUCAACGGUUUGGCUAGUCGCCUGGACAAGAAUUUCAAGGAGUGUGAUGCUUUCUACCAAGAGAUCAUCGAUGAACAUCUUGACCCAGAUAGGGCAAAGCCGGAGCAAGAAGACAUUUUGGAUAUUCUGCUUCAGCUUUGGAAGGACCGAUCCUUCAAAGUCCAGCUCACGUUCGACAACAUCAAAGCACUUCUCAUGAACAUAUUUAUCGGCGGAACAGACACAGGCGCCGCUACUGUGAGUGAAGAUCUGGACAUGGAUGUGCUACCGGGACUUACAAUGCACAAGAAAAAUGCUUUGUGCCUAAUUGCUAUAAACCGUGUGUAA